GCAGUGCAAGGUCUAAUAAGUCGUACGUCGAUUUUUUCGUGAGAAUGGAUGCUAGACCACGUGUUUAAAAGACAUUUCAUCCAAAUUGAAUGAAAAGUUUAUUUUCAGUCCUAUACAGUAUCGUGUUUGAGUUUAUCAACAAAUUAUAAAAUGCUAUUUUAACAAGUGAUUUAUAUAAAAUGGAGUCCUUUAUAUAUAACAUUUUAUCAUUAGGACAGUGUUGUUUCAGUUUAGUUUAUUUAGUUUAAUAAGUGUUAAAUAAGUAAUAAAAAUUAGUGCAACAAAAAAGGUUGGCGCGAUGGCAGCAGACGUCAAAGUAUCGAAACCUGCCCGGUGUGCCUUGGACAAAAAUGAGUGUGUGAAUGUGCAGGAUUUAUUAAUUUCCUUUAAUUCUCCAUUAAACGAGGAACACAUUUGGGCUCUGUGCCAUCAGUGUGUGAAAUGUUACAUGGAUUUUUUUAAUAAUAAGCCUGAGAGGGACGAAGGUUCUGAUCAGCAGAAAGUGCCGGUGCUGGUAUCGGCUCUAAGCCACAUCAAAUUGCAUAGAGAAGGCACAGUGCACGAGGAUACUAUUUUUCCAGAAAAUGAAAGCGAUCCACCAAGAAUUCCUGUUACAAAUGAGGAAGACUUGGUGCGAGAGCUGGGUCGGGUGCUGUUCUUGGCCUUAGAUUUUGGCUAUGGCCAGGAUGAGGAAAGACAUUUAGGUCCAGAAAUUGGUGAUCUCAUAGACUUUAUGUUGCAAAACGGAGAACACAAUGCGACGCCCGUGGAGCCGCAUGUCGAGACGGACGAUGAAGGAAUCGAAAAAGAUUCGGAUGAGGACUUUCAAACGCCGAACGUCACGGGUUCACAAUUGGAACAUGUACUCGAGAUGUGUACGCAGCAUAUUGGUUUAGGAGCAGAACCACAUUACAAGGCGGUGUGCCGGGCACUUGUGGCAGAAGUAUUAGAACUAAGUACCUUUUUAGCACACGUCUCCCAAGGAACCAAAGAAUUAGCAGGCGACAAUACUUGCUAUGAACUAGAUCUGCUACAUCACACAGAAUGGGCUCGAUUUUGGAUGCAAGUGAUCAAUGAACUAAGGAUGGGCGUAAAACUGAAGAAGGUCAUCCACAGCCGAGCUCCCAUCGAAUACGAGAUGACACCGUACGAAAUCUUGAUGGAUGACAUCAGGUCGAGACGGUAUCAGCUUCGUAAAACCUCUGGAUACUUAGACGUUCCACACAGGCUGAAGAAAGAUGCCCAUGCACUCAUAUUAGACUUUAUAAGGUCUAGGCCACCAUUAAGAAAGGUUUCAGAACGGAAGUUAGCGCCGUUGAAAGUAAAUCUUUCACCCAGGGAACAACUUCUGCAGUCCAUCAAGAGAGGCCGCCAACUGAAACACGUAUCCACGCCGCUGAGAGGAGACGCGCCUCCUGCAUUCAAACGCGAUGGGCUCGCAAGUGGACCAAACAGUGUGCGGCCCGUCAGAAGGCCGAUUAAAGCUGACUUCUCUAUAUUACAGAUGAAUGAUAGCGACGAUGACGAUGAUGAAAAUGAUUCCCAACCCGAAUCGCCAAGAGAUAGCGUCAUCAAUACCACAAACCCAUGGAAACGCACAGCAUACGAUCUUGCGACGCAAUGCUCUUCAAGGCGUGCAUCUAUGCGUCGGCAUACGAUCGUGGCUUGCGGGGGUUGCGAUCUUUUGGCUGAUGCUCACACAGAAAACGUUAGCCAGACCAACCAGCCACCAGCAGAUUCUUCUUCCAUUUGCACCGAUGGUGUCACCAGUUGUAGCAGUGUAGCCGAUCAACGCGAUAGGAUGUCUUGGUCGACGACUUCGCUUCAAGACGAACUAAUGCCAUCGCAGUGGCAAGAUUCAAUAUCUCUGGAUGAGCGUUUGUCGUUAACUCUGGAGGAAAUUGUUCACAUCCGUUCUGUGUUAACCAAGGCUGAACUAGAAGGUUUGCCAGUUGAAUGCAGAGUAAAAGCCGAUGCAGAAAAACGAAAGGUUUGUUUCUUGUGUCUAAAAACAAGAUUUGGAAUAUUCGGUCCAUGGGGUCAGAGGUGCAAGUUGUGCAAAAGAACCGUUUGCGCCAAAUGCUACUCAAAGAUGCGAAUACCAACGGAACAUUUUCGAAAUGUUCCAGUAGUGCUUUUGAGCCCUUCGGUUUGUAGCCCUUGCACGUCUUUGCCUCCAACGGCACCGUGCUCGCCUCACAGGAAUCCAGCAGGAAUGCCAAUGGACGACUCAUUCCCGAGGCGGCUGAUGGCCCGAUUGUUACUUCCUGAAAACGAAAGAAAGUUUCAAGAUAGAAUCGGUAGUGCGCCAUGCAGUCCGAACAGGGGUAGAAAUUCUGCUCCAGAUUCUAUGACCUGCUCGACAGAUGAGUGCCCGAAAUCAACGAGCCCUAGGCAUCAGACCAUGGAUCAAAGAUUUAGGUCUCACACCAGUGCUCGUUCCGGCACAACCGAAAGUCUUAGAGGCGAAUUGAUGAUCGUCUGCCACGACUGUCGUAGCCUGGUCAUAGAAAUUAUCAGGGCUUCUCGUCUGACCAGAUCAGCCCUUAGAAACCACACACUGCGAAAUCUCACUUUGGAUUUAACGCCCAUUUAUAAUACGGCCGACAACAACACGUAG